AUGAUGAUUGACACGAAUCGUCUCUGGCAGCGCGAACGCAAACGCCGCUACGCACUUUGGGAUUUGGAAACGCUGCAGCCUGGAUCUGACCGAGCAAUUCAGUGCGUUGCGAUUCUCGAUGAAGUUGAGCGCCAAGAUCGAGAUGACCCCAUUGGCGAUGCAGCCGCCAUGUCGGUUGAAGAGCUACGUGUAUGUGUCCCAGAAACCGAGAUCGAGGGAGUCAGCGGAUCCUACUCUGUAGUCGUACUUGACGAGCACAUACCAGAACCUUGGAAAACUCGUUUCCAAGAAGCGAGCGCCGGGUCUACGCGUUUGCGGCAAGGUUGUUAUGCGAGAGAUUGGCAUCGCUUUUUUACGACUAUGGAUAGCCGAGAUGCAGCACCUAGCAGCGCA